AUGCCCUCUCGUCGUAGUUCACAACGUACGAGCCACUCUGCUAAAGCGAAUACCUCACUCUCUACCCGAAGACUUACUACUGAAAGUAGGCUGCGGAACGCUCCAGACGUCCGGCGGAACGGUCAGCGAGCCAAAAUUAUUCAAUCAGGCAUCGUCAAUGGAAGUGGCCGCUUUCUCGCUCUUUCCAGACGAUCUCAGUCUGACCAUGGCAUUCAGGCUGCGUCUCUUGCUCUCAACAGAACCAACACGAACAAUAGAGCUGUGACUCGAACAUCUUCGAUGUCCAUGCGAAAUUCGGACACCCGACUAACUAGACGACGCUGUUUCACUACACUCCGAAAAAAGUCGUCUAGCCGCCGCAUUCCAUCUACUCAUUUGACUCGUCUUAGCCUUCGUCAAUCUCCCACGCCCAUAAGUCCGAUUGGCAGACGUAACAGUUCGCUUUCGUUAAACUGUCGUGAAAAGCUUCCCUCUGUUUCGAGGGCAAAAAGAUGUCGAGUCUCUAAAUCUACUGGCCGAGAGGCCGAAAGACUUGCUGGUUCCCUUCCAGCAGAUCAUGUCAUGAGCAGGAGUGCUCAAGCCACACCCGCAGCCAAAGUGACCUCUAUCACUACUGCUUCAGGUAAGCCGAGAAUUGUCGCAAAUAUCUCUUCCACAGUCCACCAGGCACUGAAACAUGGAUCACAACGCAGCCGGUCACUGUUAUUUUCCGCCAAUUCCAGUACUAAACGUCCAAAACAGCAAAGUUCUAGGUCUUCGAUAUCAGGUUUUCCAAGUUUAUCACAACCUCGGGCAUGGAAAAAGCAUCAGGUUCUAACAUCCGCCUCCUUCCCUAAGGCACAGAAUCCUCACCAGAUGUCAUAUUUUCGUUCUUCUUCGCAGCCGGAGGAGCAAGAGCUGUCUACGAAUAAUCCACUAGAGCCCUGUCUGAUGUCCGACAUCCCUUCCGCUAGGGAUAGCGCUAACUCAGUUACCAAGGUUUUAUCAACAGCCUGCUCUUCUAAUCCAAAGAUAGAUCAAACUUUUUCGGAUAUAUGUGAACAGGUUGGAGAACCAACUAUGUCUCAGUUCACAUCCUAUCAAGACUCUUACCCCUACAACCAAUUGCCAAACGUCGCUCAGUCGGGAACUCCAGCUGUUCUCACUUCGGUUGAAUCACAGGCGCAAGCUGGCAUCACUGAAGUAUCUGACGUAGACACGGAUCUAUUUCACUCUUCGGAUAUCAACUAUAACAAUAACUUCAAAAGUGAUGCGUUGACAAGUUUUUUAUCGCUUGCUCUAGGGAGCUCAGAUUCAGAGAAUACUGAUGAGGACCAAGAGGAAGAAGAAAUAGAUGCUGCUUUCGCCUCAUAA